CUGUUAAGAAGUUCUUUGGUGAACAACAGGACACAGGCCAAGGUGGCAGAAGAGCUGGGUAUGCAAGAAUUUGCCAUCACUAAUGACAAGACAAAAAGACCUGUAGCUCUUCGAACUAAGACUUUGGCUGAUCUCUUGGAAUCUUUUAUUGCUGCCCUAUACAUUGAUAAAGAUUUGGAAUACGUUCAUACUUUCAUGAAUGUCUGCUUUUUUCCACGGCUAAAGGAGUUUAUUUUAAAUCAGGAUUGGAAUGAUCCUAAAUCUCAGCUCCAGCAGUGCUGCUUGACUCUCAGGACAGAAGGAAAAGAGCCAGACAUUCCUCUUUACAAGACUUUGCAGACAGUGGGACCGUCUCAUGCCAGGACAUACACAGUAGCUGUUUACUUCAAAGGAGAAAGAAUAGGAUGUGGUAAAGGCCCGAGCAUUCAGCAAGCAGAAAUGGGAGCUGCAAUGGAUGCACUUGAAAAAUAUAACUUUCCCCAGAUGGCCCAUCAGAAACGGUUCAUUGAACGGAAGUACAGACAAGAGUUGAAAGAAAUGAGGUGGGAAAGAGAGCAUCAAGAGAGAGAACCAGAUGAGACUGAAGAAGCACGGAAGUAAAAGGAGGGCACAGAAGCAGUGGCAUAUUUACUUACUUAAUAACUCUUACUAUGGCCUAUGGAGACCUAACCUAGUUUCUUGCAGAUGAUGAAUGAAGAGUGCCUGUUGAUAUAAAAUAGAAAAUCAUAAUCUCUUCUUUAAGAAAGUGUGUGUGUAUAUAUAGUAUUUCUUUAGUUUGGUUUUAAGUGCAGUUUGUUUGGCUUUUUAAUAAGAUUUGGUUUUAAAUACUUUUAAUUUUUAUGAGAAGUUAUGGGAUUAUUUUUAUUAUUUUUACUGUCUUGUAUGAAGUAAUAAAGUAUUAAUUUCAAAAGCCUGCAAGAGGAAAAGCUGUUU